GUAAUAUGUCUUCCAUUCUAUCAAAUGAGACCAAGAAAUCGCAAAUACAACUAUAAAAAACAUACGAAAAAACACUGCAAAGUCGCUGUUUUAAUAAAAAAAUCAUGAUUUCAGUUUUUUUCUCUCAUUAUACACAGUGUGCUGCAGGAUCUGUUUUAUGUGGUGCACACAUACCACAUAGAUGUAUUCUCACAUAUCUAGGCCCAAAUGUACCACUCACAGUUUAUCAGAGUGAGCUGAGCUUAUGGCGUAGAUCUACGGUUUGGACACUCACCGUAAAGCCGUAGAUCUACGGGGCGGACCCUGAAAGGGUUAAGAAACAGCCAAUAAAACCAUAAAAAUCAUCCAGGAAAACACCUCAGAGUUGUUAUUUUAAACCAAACUCGGAGUCAGAGAAAAGGACUGGAUACAUGGCUAUGGUUGCUGCUAUAAAUAGGGCUAUUGAUGAGGGAAAGAAAAUGUAUGACCCGAGAUUUUAUAGCAAGCUAACAAUAGAUGACAUCGUACACAUAUUUCGUUCUGAUACUGUGUCAACCAUGCCACUAUUUGAAGAGCGUAUUCAUGUGCUGAAAGAGGUGGGGGAUAAGCUUAUUGAGAAGUACGAUGGAACAUUUGUAAGUGUCCUGAGAAAGGCAGAUGGUAGUGCCAUGAAGCUAAUUGACCUUGUGACUAAUGAAUUUCCAUGUUUUCAAGAUAUUACCUUUUACGAAGGACAGAGAGUGGCUUUAUUUAAGAGAGUGCAGAUUCUUGCAGCUGAUUUAUGGAUGCUGUACCGUGGAGAAGGACUCGGGGCAUUUACUGACAUAGACUCUCUUACUAUGUUUGCUGACUACAGAGUUCCCCAAGCCAUGGCCUAUUUUGGAGUUUUGAAAUAUUCUGACAACUUAAUGCAGAAACUUAGAAAUGAAACUCUGUUUCAGUCUGGGGAUCGAGAGGAGGUAAGUACUAACCUGCUUUAGUUUUUCUUGAUGUAUGUACAGUAGACCUGCUUAUAAGACACAUUUAUGCAGCACAUUUUUGUGAUCAGAUGGAUGAAUUGCAGUCUAAAUUUAUGUAAGACACCACAGCUGAUAAAACAUAAACUCACAGCCAUCUAGCACUCAGUAAUCACAUAAACAUCUCCAAAUAUAGUUUUAUCAUCAAGCAGGAGAAUAAGGAAAUUUAAGGUGGAACAAAGUGAAUUGUGAUCAAGUCAGCUGAUAAAAUGCAUGAGUUCAGUCAACCAAUAAAAUACAACCUGUAGCACUACACAAAUGGUCUACAUGACUAUCUCCAAAUACUAAUACAUCAACAAGCAAGAGAACAAGGAAUUUAAAGAAGGAUAAAAUUCUUCCUUGUCACUGUUAUGAAUGAGAAAAAGUGAAUUGUGUGAUAGUGUCAUUAAAUGAAAUGUAUGAGUUGAGUCAGCUUAUAUAACGUAAAUAAAAGUCUCAUUGAUGUUGGAUGCUCAGUAGUAGCAUAAUCAUCUCCAGAUACUUCUCUA